AUGGGCAGCUUCGAUCAGAGUAAAGCAUACGCAGCGCAGGAGGAGGAGGGUGCCUUUUUUGACGAUGGUCGCGAAAUUGAGCUUCUACACUUCGUUUACUCCCAUCCUAACAUUGAGAAGAUCCGGGGUUCACCCGAAAACGUUCUCGCAGCCAUUGACGAGUAUGGGCGAACGAAGAAGUACCUCAUGAACGUCGGAGAGGACAAGGGCCGCAUAGUGACAGAUCUGAUCGCGGAAACCAAGCCCAAGACAAUGGUCGAACUUGGUGGCUACGUUGGCUACUCGUGCGUGCUCUUUGGUGCAGCAGUCCGGAAAGCUGGAGGGCAACGAUACUUCAGCUUGGAGCGUGAUCCUGCGUUCGCUGCAGUCACCAUGUCUCUGGUGGAUCUAGCAGGUCUCUCCGACGUCGUCAAGGUCAUUGUUGGCUCCAGCGAUGAAUCAAUUGCUCGCCUGUACCAAUCUGGUCAGCUGAAGCACAUCGAUCUCAUGUUCCUGGACCAUUACAAGCCUGCCUAUACAACCGACCUCAAGCUGUGCGAAGAACUGGGUCUGAUCACAGAGGGCUCAGUAUUGGCCGCCGAUAACGUGAUCAAGCCCGGCAAUCCACCAUACCUCAAGUAUGUCAGGAGCACUGUAGAGGAAAAAGUGAAGGAGGCGAAGCAGAGUGGUUCCAGCAACACCGAGGGUAUUGCGGAGACCAACGUUAAGAUGUACGAGAAGAGGUACGGCGAGGCCAAGUUCAAUCAAAGCCCUGGAAAGCCGACUCUCAUCUACGAGAGCAAGUUGGUGAACAGUUAUGAACCGACAGGUGUACCUGAUGGUAUCGAGAUUACUCGCUGUACCGGAGAACAGAAAUGA